CCUCCCUUACGCUGUCAGGCUGACAAACAGUUAUAAUAAAUAAAAACUUAUGUACCUAUUUGGCGUCGUAUUUGUAAAAUAACAUUUUAGAGUUGGACUUUGUCAUAGUACAAGGCGGUGGACGGAUGAAGAUUGUAUUUUUGGAGGCCUAAGUGGUUGUACCUACACAAUUCAUUAUGUUGUCUUUUCAUUAUUCAUUACGCCCCAUAAUAACAACAAUGAAGUCACAGUUAAAUGCAUGUCUUCUGUUCGAUCGAAAGUUUAUUCUAUAUACGAAAAGAACAUACUCGGAGAAGGAAACUUUGGAAUCAACUAUGGUAGACCCAAAAAGAGUAGUGAGUUAUGAUGACAUGUUGAAAAUUAUUUACCAGCCAGAGAAGAUGAUCAUUGAUGUCAGGGAACCCGAAGAAAUACAGAGCACUGGCCAGAUUCCAUCCAGCAUCAAUAUACCAUUGAAAUCAGUUCAUGAAGCUUUGGAUUGCAUGUCAGAAGAAGACUUCAGAUGCCAGUAUUGCCGUGAAAAGCCAGCAUUGUCUGAUGAGCUGAUCUUCUAUUGUAAAACUGGAAGACGCUCUACUAUAGCUCUAAACCAAGCCCUGAAGCUUGGUUAUGUGAACUCUAAAAAUUAUUUGGGAAGCUGGACAGAGUGGUCACAGAAAAGCAAACUUCAUUGAUGCAGUUGCAAUUGUAUAAAAUGUGAUUCUUAAUAAAUGUGAUGUGUAAUAAAAUGGUGCUUUCGUUUUUA